CACGGACAUGAGGAAAAGUGGGUGUACACAGUAGUUGCGCUGUGUGGCUCCACACUGCUCCGGCUCAGAUGAGCUCACACAUCGUAGGAUCCUACGUGAGAAAACGCAAGACAUCGAGCGGCAGCUCGGCCGUCAGUGGGAAGUGUGGAAGCUUUUGUGCAAAGGCUGUCGACUAUCUACAACUCAAAGUGGACAGAGAGAGGCACAAGAAGCCGUGCGUAAUUUGCCUCUCAUUUGAAAGACUGUUGGAUUUUUUUAAAGACUGUUUGACUAUAUGAAUGGAUGGGAUUGCACUCCUUUUUACAGUGGACGGGACUGGACUUCGGGCUGAGCGGCAGACGAAAAGAAGCCCACUUUGAAUAGUGCUUUCAAAUUUCUGUUUCUUUUUCCCCCCCUCUCUUCAUAAAAUGUCAGGCUUCCGUCCGUCAUACAUUGUCCACUUCAAGCCAGGCUGCUCAUUUGGAAGGACGCCAGACCUUCAUCCUCUCAAAUCUGCAAGUUCAGUCCAAUAAAUUGUGACAUUGUCCGUCAGCCUUGGAAUGAGAAAUCGAUACUCAAAAGAAGGGGAGGCGAUAUUCUUCCGGAAUUUUAACGAUCAGGUUCCCCGCCGUCCUUACAAAUAUGCAAUUUGCUUGGAUUAGGAUGGUUUGGUCCAGCUUGUCGCUCUUUUAGCGGGGAGAGCGCUGAUAGUGACUGAUUAUUGCUGUUGAUUUUGUCCAUGCAAGACUCUGGGUGGAAACAUGUCUGGCCACUUCUUUGAGAGGAUCGUUGCUAUCAGAGAUGGCAUUUUGGUCCAGCACUUCGGUUUUCACCUCUAAAGUGCCCCGGAAAAUCUUGUUCAUGUUCACCCUCUCCCUCUCUGUCACCUACUUGUUCUACAGCUUGAUGAGCUGCUACAACUCCCUGCAGUUCCCCCUGCAAGAGAACUACGCGUAUCAAGGGAGGCUGGUGACGGAGGAGACAACUUUUGUAACACUGAGGGAGAAACUUUAUUCCACUUCGCUCGGUUUUACUGGCCCAAACGAGAGAGCCACCUCGUUCCCCGCGGUAAAAGAGCAUGCUGAGGCCGAACAGAGGACGGUGGAGUGGAUUAGGACUCAGGCGUCUCCAACUAAAUCUGCGGCGGCGUAUCACAGCAGCGCGCUGGAGAGGGAGCAGCAGGAAUCCAGCACCACGGACAGCGACCUGAGGCUCAACUGCACGUCGGAUUACGGGGAGAAGAAGCUCCCGCAGGCCAUCAUCAUCGGGGUGAAGAAAGGGGGGACCCGAGCCCUUCUCGAGGCGCUCAGGGUCCACCCGGACGUCAGAGCCGUUGGAAAUGAGCCCCACUUCUUUGAUAGGAACUAUGAGAAGGGGCUGGACUGGUACAGAGACCUGAUGCCUUCAACGCUGGAGGGGCAGAUCACCAUGGAGAAGACGCCCAGCUACUUUGUGACUAACCAUGCCCCGAAGCGCAUCCACUCCAUGGCCAGAGACAUCAAGCUUAUUAUCGUGGUGCGUAAUCCUGUCACCAGAGCCAUUUCUGACUACACGCAAACUUUGUCCAAGAAACCUGAAAUCCCCACCUUUGAGGUUCUGGCUUUUAAGAACCGGACGCUGGGUCUUAUCGAUGCCUCCUGGAGUGCGUUGCGUAUAGGAAUAUACGCGCUUCACCUGGAGACCUGGAUGCAGUAUUUCCCUCUCUCCCAGAUGCACUUUGUCAGCGGGGAGAGGCUCAUUGUGGAUCCCGCAGGAGAGAUGGCCAAAGUGCAGGACUUCCUGGGACUGAAGCGCAUCGUCACAGACAAACACUUUUACUUCAACAAAACUAAAGGAUUCCCGUGUCUGAAGAAGCCAGAGGACAGCAGCACCCCGAGAUGCCUCGGCAAGUCUAAAGGGAGAACUCACCCUAAAAUCGAUGCGGAUGUGAUUCGGCGGCUGCACAAGUUCUACAAACCCUUUAACAUGAUGUUCUACCAAAUGACCGGCCAGAACUUUGAAUGGGAGCUGGGGGAGGCUGGUGAAUCUCGUAGCUCUCAGGACUAGCAUGGCACCACUUAGCCACACCACCAGCCUUCUCUCACUAAAACUACCAUCCUCCCCGCUUCAUCCUGAGAAAUAGUGCUCGAGCACGCCGACCAAUCAUGGCUGUCCUUGCAGUGUCGAUACCCAUUAGCAAGAGUUUACUGACUUGCAAAACCAUUAUUGUGUAUAAUUAACAAAAAAAUGUAUUUAUAUUUGUGUAAAUGAGAAGAUCUAUUCCUUUUUGUUUUGAGAGCAUUGAAAUGAUAAAAAUCAUGUUGACUAUGGCGAUGCAUGCGAUGAGUUAAGUGUCCUUACCUCAUGAGCCCUAAGGGUAAACUCUGCCUGUUUCUUCUCCCUUUACUUUCCUGCAGUUUGUUGGCCUCACACCCACUCAAUGGCACUCUGUACAAAAGAUAUUCUAUUUCAAUGGUUGAGACCAUGAAGUGCUUUGGAUUUUAUUUUAUUUUUUCCUUUCAGCACAGCCCUGCUGCUUUAGAAGACAGAGAAAGGAGAACAUAUAUAGUACUAUAAUCCUUUGACAUGUGCUUAUCAUUUUAUUGUCCAUAUUCUGAGUGGAGACAAUCCUUUUAAGUUUGCCAAAGUGUUCAUUUACUCUGUGUCACUGUUCUGGUUGCUCGGCACUCAUUAUUUGCACACAUAUUCAAUAGCAGAGCUGAUGUAUAUUGGCCAUCAUUCAGUAAUUGGAUUGUUUCACUGCACAGUCGAACAUUAGCAUACUGAUGACCAGGCACUCUGACGCUUUGCAGUAUCACUGGUUUUGGUAUAAUUUCACAAAUGAAUCCAUAUACUCCCUGUGCAUAAAACAAAUGUUACAUCUGGACAAAAACACUUUUCUAGAGUUCAGAACAAGCCCAAAAUAUCAGUUUACUGUAAGGGUUCCAUUUUGCCUCGUGACCCUCUUGUCACACUAAUGCAUGUCAACGGAGGGGAUGAAAAUCACUGCAACACCGCGCAGAAGUCCGUUACCGAACAUCUGCGGCGACGUGGUCUUCUGUCAUUAGAGAUUAAUGGUGUGUUAAAUAAACUGCUGCCGCUGGAACAAAGUCAAUGUCAGAGAAAAUUUGCUGUCAAGGUAAAGCCACAUACAUGCCCAGGUAAAUUACCAAGCCAUUACUGUAUGUGCUUAAUCUGACUGAGAGCAUUUCUGCCAGGAAAAUGUAUUAUGAACAUGUGACAAACAGGGUUUUGCUGUGAAAUUCUCAUUUACUCAUCCAUAGCAGUAACAGGAGUCAUCUUAUUUUCUUUAUUAUUAUUAUCAUUAUUAGUAUUACUAUAUUAAUUUGCACAACCCACUUUGUGUCUGUCUGUUGUCUCUGGACUUUCCAUCAAUUGAGACAAUCAAUACAGUCAAUGAGUCAAUAAAUACAGU